UUCCAAUUGUGACCUUUGCCUACUUUUCUUUUUUUUUUUUUUUUUGGUGGGGCAUUUCACCAUCUUCCUCAAACCCAACUCACACAAAUUGGCUAUAUUCCUUUCGCUAUCUCCACCAAUCGCCGCCGCCACCGCCGCCGCAUCCGAUUUACUACGGAGCUUUCUUCUCUGCCCACUUUCUUCUUCUUCCAUCACUUCCUUGGUUUCCCCCUGAUUUUAGCGGCCUACCCACCAACCCUGCUGUGGUUCAACACGAUUUACUAGUGGGGAUAUAAAAUUAUCUUUCUUUUGUCGCAAAGAUUAUUGUGGAGCUGUGUGAGAAAAUCAUGUUGAAGCAUGUUAUUGAGAAGGUUUUGAGUAAAGGGUUUUAUUUAUAUGGAGGAGACAAACUUAUUAGGCAAUGCCUGUAUGUGCCCGCAAGUAGUUUCCACAGCGGAAAGGUUCAUUGUGCACCAAGAAGCUUUUUUGGGGUAGAGGACUUCCUUGAUGAUGACAAUAGCCGGCCUUACACGUACCAGAAAGAGAAGAAGUCAAAGAAUCCUACUAAGCAUAUAUCAUUUAAACAGCGGACUAUAGCCUACAUGGAACCGUUUACAUUGGACGUGUUCAUCUCGAAGCGUUUUGUGUCAGCCUCACUCACUCACAGGGUGACAAGUAAGCAGGUUGCAGUUGCUGGAACAAAUUCUAAAGAUAUUAAAGCAGUGCUCAGGUCCCGAUCAGAUAUACCAGCCUGUUUAGCCAUUGGUCGGAUUUUAGCUGAGAGGGCAAGAGAAGCUGAUGUGUAUACUGCUUCUUAUACGCCAAGGGAUAGGGACAAGUUUGAAGGGAAGAUUAGAGCAGUAGUUCAAUCCCUCAUUGAUAAUGGGAUUGAUGUUAAAAUUUAUCUUGACUGAUUAGUUGAUUUUGUUCUGAUAUCACACUCUUUUUGUCCAGACCUGUGGGAAGAUUUUGUAUGCAAGUCAUUGCUAUUUUGUGCUGGCUCUCA